CAUGAAAAUACUUCGCCGGAGGACAUUACCCCUUCUUCCGUCGACCAAGAAGACCAAAGGUGAAGCUCAGCCUUGUGUCGUUUGUCUCUUCCUUGGACGGGAUUGUUUGCUCUGUCGAACACCAAUUGACGUCGGAAUCUGGUUAAGUCAAAUGCUUCAACUAUCUCAACGACCUCAGGACCAGAGCGUCUCUGUUCACAGUCGAUCAGUGACUGCCUACUGGCCAGCCCGUCAAGUAGCCGUGAAGACUUGACCACUGGGCCAGGCAGUCCAGCCAUUCUCCCACUCCAGCCUUCCUGACCUGACUAUGCUCACCUCUGGUGCAGCCUGACUUGUUAGCUGCUGAUAAAUCUUGGGCAAGCAAGAAGAUCAUGGCAACGUUGAUUGAACAAGAAGCAUGCGUGAGGCUUGCCACAGCCUUGUCAGAGCAGGCCCCGGAGAACGAGGAACUCCUUGACCUCCACUCGACCGCUGUGUCGAAGUUGCAGAAUGCGGGCUCUGGUCAAGUCACCUCAGCAAACAUGUCUGAUGCUCUUAGAGACCUGACGAUGCACUUCCACGCCGCCACAGACAGCAAGUCGUCCUACAAUCCUCGACUAAGUAUGCUUCUAGCGAGCAUCACCCGAGAAAUGCCUUUCUGGCGACCUCUGUUCGGCCUCCCUGAAAGACCAAGCCCGGACACGAACCUGCGCCAACUAUCCGGUGAAGCCAACCCAGACUGCAUCCUCGAAGUCGCGAGAAGAAUCAUCAGUCGACCGUGGGACAUAUCGAAACGGGACGAAGAACAGGCUGCUCUCCGCCUGAUAGCGAACUGCUGUGCAGAUAACAACGUCAACCGCAGCAUCAUCGUGAAUCGAGGCGGCAUUCAAUCACUAAUGGCAAUUGCCACCCGGUCGCGCAUAGACGAACUCAUCCUCCCAACCCUUUACAAUGUCUGUAUCGACUACGACGAACCCGCCCUUGACAGUGAAGGCAAGCCGCUACCGCCUUUGGACGAAAUGCAACCAGGCAGCGACCAGUCGACACCGACGCUGAGUCUCGCAGAACAAAAGCUCUGCAAUUGCUACUACUCUGAUCAAGAGGUCUUCUCGGUCAUUCCUUCUGUCACAUUGCUACUCAGGGUAAGGACCAAAGCAGGGCUUCACCUAAGCCUGCUCGCGGACCUGAUCGAAAUGGCAUCCCGCGCCGCGCUGUACGGCAUGCACCAUAUUUUCUCUAGCGCAUUCAGUGAUGGUCAGCCCAAGCAACCCGAUAGGCAAGCUCUAGAAGUAAGAAGUCUUGUUCAUCAGUUGAUAGUGGAAGGUUCCGCUAUCUCGAGGGACGACCCCGAAUCCGGCCCAUCCAUUUGCCAAGCUGUUUUGAACGUUCUCUCUCAGCCGGAAUGUCGUGACACUGUGGUCGCGAACGACGAACUAUCAUGGCGCCUCAUCAAGCUUCCUUACCCGUCCCAAGAACAAGACGACGAAGACGAGGACGAACAACUAUCUGAGAUCCUCGCGCCAUACAGAAAAGCAAUUCUGAAGAGGGUCUACGAGAUAUCCGCAUCAGACUCCUUCACUGCCAUUUCCGGUCCCAGAUCCAAGCUGCUAGGCCUGUGCAUAGGCUAUCUGAGCAUUGGAAGCGGUUUCCCCCUUGGCCCACUAGCAAGUGUAUGUGUGCUGGUAGCCAACAGCAUAACCUCGACAGACAAAGCUGUCCAUCUGGCGACGGAGACUCCAAUAGCAUCAUAUCUAACCGAGCUCAUCGCACAGUCACUGGACCCAGACGUCCUUUUACCCGUCGUCGACAUCGCCACACGGAUAUCUCUAUGCCGUGAAGGUCAAAAUGCACUGCAUACGGCAGGCAUGAUGAAGUCCAUACGAAAAUUCCUCAAGCCAACGAGCGAGACCGAGGUCCUGGGAAUUGACAUCCAGCGUGCGACGUUGACUCUAGUGCGGCUUUUGAUCAAAGGCCGUCCCGAGUUCCUGCACGAUCUCUACGCUGAAUUUGCAGACGAUCCUAAUGAAGACAAUUCCGAUGACAACGAUUCCAGUGAAGACGUAUCUUCUGAAAACAGAACCCUUUUGGUAUCAAUACUGUCUUUGUUCGAGAAGACCAACGACUCUGGUACGAAAAACGAGACUGGACGUCUUGUCAUCGAGAUGCUCAGAACGUAUCUCUCUUCCUCCAAUUCUCAGGGCAAUGCCCACUCAGACACAAGACCCUACGAACAUGACGUUCUCUGCCUACGUGGCUCUUCUACACCCAGUCACACCACGUUCGCAGACACAAUAGCCUAUAUCAUCACUCAGCCGCAAAACCAGUCUCAGCCUUACGAUACCUUAGUCACAUCCACAGCUGGAAAUGGAUCAGUACAAGUGGAGGCCGAGGCCUGGUUCGGGCUAGGUCUCCUUUCCACGCUGCCCGGUGCGCGGCAAUGGAUCACGUCCGCCCUAGCAAGAGACGAGAACCAACUUCUCAUGCGUCUGAAACAGAUUGUUAACGAGAACUCGAGCAAAAGUGUGGAUGGGACUUCGACGAAAGGACAAACAAGUACCGGACUGGAGACGAUGCACGACAUGUCGAGCGUGGGCAGAGAUCCACGUUACGAGAACGUCAAAGUCCUAGUUGUGAGGAUGCUGCAGAACCAGGUCUCAAUCACCGACAGCGCGGAUGUCGUGAGAGCAGGACUUGAAGCUGCGGCUGCAAAUAUGGGCCUCGUUUGAGUUGUUGUCUUUUGAUGUCCAAACAAUGAGCAGACGAUAGAUUGUGUAUGGUCUUGAAAGAUGAACUAAAACGUCCAAAAACAAAAUGGCAAAAACAAUCAACAGCAGGGAUUCGCUGGUUCUCACGAACCCAACUACUAACCUGCCGGCAUGAGGCUUAAGUAUGACUGAGCGAACGGGAAGUCCUGCAUUGACUCAUCCUAUGGUCGAUUGCGA